AUGGCGGGAGCCACUUUGGAUUGGGCUGAUAAGCCAAAUGCCGAUCUGUCCAUGUCGUCCGACGAAGAGGAAUCUGCUUCCAGUCAAAGCGCCGAGAUGGAACUUGAACUCGAUUCAGGUGCUAAACCAGACCUCGCACUGGAGCUGGGGAAGUUGCAACUGAAGCACGAGGAUGCCAACCAAGCUGCCGAGCAGGAGUCUCCAUUAACUCCCCGCCCCAGUCAAACCCCACUCCAGCCUAAAGCGGCACAGCCACUGCAGCUGUUAGAGCUACCCUUGGAUGUUUUGAAGGAGAUUAUCAAAGAGGUCGUACAUACAAAUGAUCUGACCUCGCUUGCUCUAACAUGCUCUGCCCUCCACGCCCUAGCUAUCCCUCACAUGUACUCGCGCUUCGACAUCGUCUGGCCUGAAUCACUGAACCCGCCGACUGAUGAUUAUUCGGGAGUGGAUGCGCUGUCAUAUGGGCUGUCUACCUUGGUCAUGGGCGAGGAUGUGUUCAAUCGACUACCUCUGCCCCACAACAGCAAAUCCCAAAGCUGCCAUAGCUGUGGUUGCGACAGGCCUCACCAUGACCCGAAGACAAGUCUGGAAGACAACGGAACUAGGUUCCGGUCGCGUAGAGGCAAUCAUUAUGCCCAAUACACUCGCACAUUCUCCAUUGGCAACGGCCCAAUCGCCUGGGUACAAGAGUACUCAGUGACCAAAGAAGUGGGCAAGAUGCUCGGGACAUUGGUCGCCUUGGCGGUUGCGCGGAUGGUGAAUCUUGAAGCCUUUGUUUGGGACAUGCCGACCGGGGUGGUUCGUGAAAUUUGGCUUGCGCUUGCAUCGCUGGCAGAUCGACCUGGUCAUGACUGUCGUCUGGAGCGAAUCUGGGUGCGUUGGCACGAUAAUUCAGAAAACGCUUUGCGCAGUUCAUCGGCCGCAGCAACAAGAUUGUUUCAUAAGUACAAACACGUGGAGCACCCUUCAUUGUCUGUGUUGCCUCCUCUCAAGAGUAUCGCUGUUCUUGACAUCGAUGAACCCGCUUAUGUGGAGGAGUUGGCCCUCCUCAUUGAGAAAUCACGCUGCCGUCUAACGGAACUGCGAAUCGGCAUUGCGAAUCAAGCCUAUAUGAAGCCCUGGCUGCUUUGUGGCAAGGAUUCUGAGGGCACAUCGAAUUGGCCUAAAGCAAAUGGUAUACUCGGGAUUUUAACACAGCAGCAACCGCCCAAUACAAAAGAGGAUACUGUCGACGCCUCUACUGGGGUAAUUCCUACACCAGAAGACCCAACCAACGUUGCCCCCAAGCCACCUGGUAUCAGUAACAACAACGAAAGACCUUCGAGCACCGAGCAACCGCUUUCAACUACCCAGAACGACAAGAUCCCUUCAAGUUCUGGAUUGCCAAAUCGAAACAACCGGUCACCCAUCCCUGUGGCUGAUACCAGCUCUGAGACGCUCAAUCUGAAAGUCCUUGAGCUAGAGCGUGUUCCGCUCUCCGUGUCAACUUUGCUACCUGCCAUCGACUGGACAAAAUUAACAACACUUACCAUAAUGCGAUGUGAAGAUAAUGAAAAGCUCUGGAGGGCUCUGCGACGCAAGUAUGCUCCACCUGUGAUGCCGACGAGGCGUAAUUCCUCUACUGGACAUCGAGAGAGUGUGCCGGUAUCUGAUUUUUCCUUGAAUCUGAAACACAUUCGCACCGACACUGUUUCGCCGUACCUCAUGCUCUUUAUCAAAGAUGCACUCGCUCCAAAUACGUUGGAGAGUGUCUUUCUGCAUGAAGGACCCGGUCACGAUUCCACCGUUCACAUCGACGCCAUCUACCGCCAUGUUCUGCGGAGGCACCGACAAAGUCUGCGGAAAGUUCUCAUAGAUGCGAGCGAUCGCGCAAAUCCCUCCAGCCCACGAGCACACAAGUGGAUGCUCAACCAUGACAUGAUAGGAUUCGUCACCAGUGGGAAGAUGCUGCAGCUUAAGGAGCUGGGAAUGUCGAUGCACUACCGAGACUGGCAUUACUUCCUUCAAAGGCUGCCUAGUAUGCCACAGCUCCGGGCCCUAUACCUGCCCCACAUUCAUCACACCGUCCAUCGCGAUCUGAAAGAGCUUGCCCUCCAGGUCUUGGAUAUCGUCAGCAUCCGUCCAGAUCUCAAGAUCGCCUACAUAGGCCUGCAGACGAAAUGCUACCAGAUCCUUGAAGCAAGAAGCGACGAUAACCCACUCGACUUCGACGACAAUCCCACAACGGAUCAUUCCCCACCCCCCACCGAUGACGAAGAUGAAGAAUGGGUCAGCCCAGAACAAGCCAAUGACACGGACAACAGCGACGGGAGCUACGGAGAAGGUGAUCUCAACUCCAGCGACUCGGAGGUGGACGAAGAGCAGAUCGCCUCGCGGAUCCGAUACCGACUGCAACAGAUUCUAUUUUAUGAUGAAAAAGUAUCCAUUUUCAAAGCGCGACACGGUGUUUUGUGA